UACAGUUAGCUCACCUCCUCUGUUCUUUUAAGAUCUGCUUCCUUCUUCUUCUCACCCAGAGGCAGAGAGAGAAAAGUGGAGAGACAGACACAGAGAGAUUGAUUCGGAAUCGGGUUGGAUUAUUCCGGUCAUUCGAAUGGAGGAAAAAUCGGAAACGGCCGGUGUGAAAACGCCGCUGUUGGGCAGCGGCGGACGCAGCCGGCGACUGAGCCGAAGAAACUCGUACAACUCACUCAGAAGCGACUUCAUUUCGAGGCUCCCUGACAAGGUCCGUGCCGGUAUCGACCCCGAGUCUCCUGACGACAUUGACUUCUCUCGUACCUCCGCCUUGAACCGAGGAGAAAAGGAAUACUAUGAAGCCCAAUUUGCAACACUUAAAUCCUUUGAGGAGGUUGACUUCGCGGUGGCAGCCGACUGCGUUGAUGAGGACGAUUUCGAGGAACAAGCACAACAUGAAAGAGCAAUGAAGAUAUCCAACUACGCCAAUAUAAUUCUCUUGGGACUUAAGAUCUAUGCUACUGUAAAGAGUGGAUCGAUAGCCAUUGCUGCAUCGACUCUAGAUUCCUUGCUCGAUCUCAUGGCCGGUGGAAUACUUUGGUUCACUCACCUGGCAAUGAAGAACAUCAAUAUCUAUAAAUAUCCUAUCGGAAAAUUGAGGGUGCAGCCUGUCGGUAUAAUCAUCUUUGCUGCUAUCAUGGCUACACUCGGUUUUCAGGUCUUGAUCCAGGCUUUAGAACAACUAAUAACCGGUGAUGCCACGGAAAAGAUGACCUCGGACCAAUUGGUGUGGUUGUACGCAAUCAUGAUAUUUGCCACCAUGGUAAAACUUGCACUCUGGUUAUACUGCAGGACCUCAGGGAACAAGAUUGUCCGUGCUUACGCAAAGGAUCACUAUUUUGAUGUGGUAACGAACGUAGUAGGAUUAGUGGCUGCUGUUCUUGCUGAUAAGUUUAUGUGGUGGAUUGAUCCUGCUGGUGCUAUUAUCCUUGCUAUAUACACGAUUACAAAUUGGUCCGGAACUGUUCUAGAAAAUGCAGUUUCCCUCGUGGGACAAUCAGCGCCUCCGGAAUUCUUACAAAAACUGACAUACAUUACCAUAAUGCACCCUCAAGUGAAGCGUAUUGACACAGUUCGCGCUUACACAUUUGGUGUUCUUUAUUUCGUAGAGGUUGACAUUGAACUCCCGGAGGAGUUACCCUUGAAAGAGGCACAUGCCAUUGGAGAGACCCUCCAGAUAAAGCUCGAGAAACUUCCCGACGUUGAGCGAGCAUUUGUUCAUCUUGACUUCGAAUGUGAUCACAAACCGGAGCAUUCUGUACUUGUCAAGCUUCCGAACACUCAGCCCUGAUUCUCCGCGUCUCAUUUUUCCAUACCAAGUAGGCAAAUGGCAUUGUGAGAAGGCCUUUUAACUGUCUUUUGCGAAGGUCAAUCCCAAGUGUUUGAGUUUAUCUGUUGGAAGAUGAAGCGAUAUCUGCAGAAAUCUAUUUACUUUUUUGCGGGAAAUGAUUUCCUCUUUCGUUCAGGUCAGUUUAAUAACGGGAGAGUAGACUGGGGACUGCGCGCCCUUUACAUUUUUGCUCGAGAAACUAUUGUGCCCUGCACGAGCAGUUUAGUCUUCUAGGAAGCAAAUCGAGCGGAACUCUCUGUUUGUCUUUCACAUACCGUUUGUUGAACAGUUUCAAUGCAUGUAAGCUUUGUAUACGAACAAACAAACGCAAGUUGUUCAUCGGUUGAUGUUAUACAAUGCUGCUUGUGUCCAUAAGCUUCUUAAUU